UGCUUCAACGUUGCAAUCUCUUCCUCUAAUGCCUUGAUCUAUCUGAAUUUACAGGAGCAUAUUUUGAGGUACAAAAAUGAUCUAUCUGACCGUGGUCAUGAAGUUGAGGAAUUAAAAGGUGCAUUAUGCGAUGCCCAGGAUGACUUCUCUAUGCAAAAAGCAAGGUUUCAGUCUGAAAUUUUCGGUCUGUUAGAAAAAGAGAGCCUCUUAGAGGCUAGACUCAAGGAAUGGGAACUAAACGAGAGAACAUUGAAGGAAAAAAUAAAGCAAUGUGAAACAGAGAAGAUGGAAAUGAAAGAUUUGUAUGAUGUUCAAGAGACUAUGUUGCAAGGUCAGAUCAGUCAGCUGAGGACAGAACUUGAUGAGAAAGGUGCACACUUAGAAGCUCUGAACAAGGACUUUGACAAAUUGAAAUUGAAAAAUGAUAUGUUUAUGGCCGAGAAAGAUGGAGUUACUGUAGAGGUAAACACUCUAGUAGCCGAGGUUCGUUCCCGAGAGUUGCAUAUUCAGCAAAUGGAGGAGCAUCUACAGCAAUUAAGCAGGGAGCAUAUGCAGCUAAUAUCAGGAACAAAACAUGCUAAGAAUCUAGAAGAUGAAGUAAAAUUGAAGAUAAAGGACCUUGAGAAGGAAGUGGAUAGGCAGAGAAUCACGAUCUUAGAUGUGGCUGAGGAGAAAAGAGAGGCAAUAAGACAGCUUUAUUUCGCUCUGGAGCACUACAGGAGUGGUUUUAAAGAAUUUCAGGCUUUUCUCAAGCACAAACGACAUGCAGUUAUGGCUUCAUGAGUUUGAUUGAUUUAUGUAUUACAGUAUCA